UAUUUAUUGCGCUAAGAGGUUGACAGAUAUGGUCAGGAGCACUAAUUUUUUUUGACGGACAGUCACAAAACAACAAUUGUAGGUAAACUCUGGGACAACCACAAAAAGAAAGUACACGUACAAAUAAAAACUACGACGACAACAAUAACAACAGUAAUUAAUAGAACUUUUCAAAACCUAACACUUUAGUUAUAGAAAUAAACAUCUACUUUAUUUGCUCGCGCUGUCUUUACGUAAGAUGCAAGACGUUUUCCAUUUUUCAACUAGCCGUUAGGUGUCGCUGUUUGCAGUUAUUUUUAGUGACAAGUCACUAUUAUCUGUAGAACGAUACUGGACGUUAGUCUUUGAGUGUAAAUAAAUGAAUAUAAAUACAAAACCAUGUUUAAAAAAGUGAGAAGGGUUAAUGUACGUAGAAGAAAUGCUUCUGAGGAUGAGGAGAAUGAAGAAAGCACUUCUGCAAAUAAAGAUUCGGGGGUUGGUACGGAGACGGUUAUUCCACCGGUUUUUAGUAUGGCUGCUGUAGCUGCUUGCUUUGGGGUCGAAUCAACAAUAGUCAACAAUACUAAUAAUGCUAGCUUUAUUCCACAAGGCAAUGGCGUAAUUGCAAAUGUCAAUAAACCUAAAGACAAAAAGAAACCGAAGGAGGAGAAAGAGAUCCCGAAGGCAAGCCUGCUUAGCUUCCAGGAUGAGGAGGAGGGUGAGCUUGCUUGUUUUCUUUUUUUCUGUUUUAAAAUGAUGAGUCUGUGGGUUUCAAAUGGUCUCUCUCUUUGGAACAGUUUCUAUUAUGGCCACAACUUGCUUGCGAAGUCCAGUAGUCGCCGUUCAUACAGUGAAAUAUUGUCAAUCAAUUUCUUUAUCCCCACCACCGCUUUCGGAGAUGUAUAUCUAGAAACCAAAAGCGCACAGUUAGCGCUUUCACCUCAUUGGCUUCUUCUGGAUUAUGGUAGUAGGGUUAAUGAUACGAGUAAUGUUUUUAAACCUAUUAGCACUUAUGUCCCGAUGUUACACCCUGUGUUGGAGACGUUUACAAGACUUAUAGAAAAUGACCUUUACAGUUUUUAUAACAACAACACUAAGAGAUUUUACAGUAAAGGGAAUCUCAACUUAAUAGAGAGACAGGUACUACAGGGUUUACGGGAUGAUGAUUCCAUCAUUAUUACUUCCGCUGAUAAAGGCGGUUGUAUUGUGCUCAUGGACUAUGAACACUACAAGAGGAAUGUGAACCAGUUACUUAGUGACAGUCAAUCCUAUAGCAGAUUGAACAGAGAAGAUGUUUUGAAGAAAGUGCACUUGGUGUAUGAUAUGAUAGAUGACCUGCUUAAGAGCACAGUUAUAGACAAAUAUGACCUCUUCCUGAUAUGGAGAGGCAAUGACAGGGAGUUACUAGAAUUUGAAGAGUAUAUGAAUGAAUCAGUAGACUUUUUGAGUUUUACAUCUAACUCAUCUAGGGAGUUUGUUGCAUUUCUGGAUGUUAAUAUCAUGAGGUUGGAUAAUGGGUUGGUGAAUACUUCCAUCCAUGGAAAGAAAUGCUAUAGGAAUACGCUCCUACACAGGGAUAGCAUGCAUCCCAGGCAUGUGUUUGAGAGCGUGGCUAGGAGUCAAUCGAUGAGAGCCUCCAGACUCAACCCAUCGGAGGAGGGUUUUAAGUUGGAGCUAGAUGGGCUGAGUCGCAGGCUUCAAGAAAGAGCCUAUAGGAUAGAUGAGAUUAAGAGAGCCAUUGAUGCUUCAAUUGAACUCAGGGGCACAAGAGCGUGCCCGUAUUUUUCGAGUCAGGAUCUCACAAUCCUGAGUGGACCAGGGAAUGGUUCGGAUGGCAAUGUCAACAAGAAGGGAGAUAUACUUAGCAUUCCUGUUUACUUUACUUCUGAUGUUGGAUACAUCAGAAGAAUAAUAGGUGAUAGAUGGGAUGUUCUGAGGGCAGAUGAUGAGAUCAUGAGACUUGUAGGAGACAAACCGAGGUUUAUAUACAAGAACAUGAAGAACAUUAAAAGGAUACUACAGCCUAGGUCAGUUAUAGAGAAGAGAGCACCGUCUUAUAACACCAUUCCUUGUGAACAAGUUCCCAUUAAAGUGGAAUUUGUGGAAAGUGUUCAGGAAGAUGCUUGUGCAAACAGUGAGCAAGGAGAAGAGGAGAUGGAAGUAGACAGUGAUAAUGAAGAUGAAGAAGAAAAGGUCAAAACUGGUGCCUUUUCCAGCUCUGUGCACUCUUCGUUGAAUCCUCUCCGCCCAGGUGAAAUCCCAGAUGCUGCUUUUAUUCAUGCGGCUAGGAAGAAACGACAGCUGGCUCGUGAACUUGGCGAUGUUCCUGUUGAUCCGGAAGUUAGCAAAGGGCGUCUUGUACGUGAAGAUGAACAUGAUGCUAGUGACGACGACGAUGAAAAGAGGCGAAUAGUCUUUUCUGUAAAGGAGAAGUCUCAGCGACAAAAAAUAGCAGAGGAAAUGGGCAUUGAUGGAACUGUGGAUGAGGUGCCAGCUACUGGAGAACAGGAUGAAGAAAUCAGUAUGUGGGAACAAGAACAGAUUAGAAAAGGAAUAAGCAUCCCACAGGUUCAGUCCAGUCCACCUACAGAUGUGAAUAUGUACUAUCAGAACACCUAUUCAGUCAUGCCAUACGAUUCGUCUUUUGCCAUGCCUUAUGUGUAUGCUGCUUAUGGUCCAGCUGAUGCCAAACAAGUGAAAGCUGACUCUCUUAUUUUCCAGCCUCCUUGUAGUACGAUGGCUCCUGUUACUAUUGAUUUGGUAAAGAAUCGACUUCAAGAAAGGUUGGAGUCCCUGAGAAAAGUGCACAAUGAAAACCAGCAACAGCAUGAGAAGUAUCAGCAGGAUCUUGCGAACUCCACCAAAACAAUUGAUAAACUGGAAGGCUCUUCUGAUGGCAUAGAUGAACGGUAUAGAUUCUUGCAAGAGUUGCGAGGGUAUGUCCAAGACUUGAUAGAGUGUUUCAGUGAAAAGGUGCCUGUGAUUAAUGAACUUGAAUCAGCAAUGCACCAGCUGUACAAACUGAGAGCUGCUCGCCUUGUCCAAAGACGACAAGAUGAUAUUAAGGAUGAAUCGUCAGAAUAUUCAGGCCAUUCAAGUAAAGCUACGGUGCCACCAACCCAUGAUGCAUUUGGUCGUGACAAGGCACUUUUUCAAGAACAUGCAAAACUACGAAGGAUUGCUGAAAGGGAAGCAAGAAGAGCACGCCGUAGACAAGCAAGAGAACUGUCUGGAAAAAUGGCUGAGCACAAUGAAGGCUUGUCUAGUGACGAUGAAGAAACCUCCACAGAUAUUACAAACUACAAUAUAGAAAGAGAAAGAAUUUUGGCAGAGACAAAAAAAGUUUUUGAAGAUGUACUUGAUGACUUUUCUGGUGUCGACAGCAUUAAGUUACGAUUUGAAGAGUUGCGACUUGAGUACUAUUCACAUUACCGGGAAGCCUACAUUGCCUUGUGUCUCCCAAGGCUCUUUAAUCCUCUUGUGCGACUACAGCUUAUACCUUGGAAUCCACUAGAGGCAAAAUGCCCAGAGUUUGAAAAUAUGCUGUGGUUUGAGUCACUACUGUUCUACGGAUGUGAAGAGCAAAAGGAGCUGCAAAAAGAUGAUGUAGACAUUGGUUUGUUACCUGCCAUUACAGAAAAAGUUAUUUUGCCUAAACUUUGUGUACUGGCAGAACAUGUAUGGGAUCCAUUCUCCACUUCACAAACGUCAAGGCUGGUUGCUUUUGUUAAGAGACUUAUCGGUGGAUAUCCUUCUGUUAUACAUGCAGAAAACAAAAAUACUCAGGCUCUUUUGAAGUGCAUACUGAUGAGACUCAGGCGAACAUUGGAUGAAGAUGUGUUUAUGCCCUUGUACUCCAAAACUGUGUUAGACAAUAAGAACAAAAAUUCUGGACCUUAUCUAUUCUUCCAGCGGCAGUUUUGGUCAUGUGUUAAGCUUUUAGGCAACAUUCUGCAGUGGCAUGGAAUAUUGUCAAACAGAGUCCUACAAGAGUUAGCAAUCGAUAGCCUGUUAAACCGAUACAUGCUCAUUUCUCUUCAGAGUACUGAAUGUGGAGAAGACGGCAUAAAGAAGUCAAAACGGAUCAUAACUUGUUUUCCAAAGCAGUGGUUCACUAGUCUUAAAGGAGAUAAAACAAUCCCCCAACUAGAAAAUUUUUGUAGAUAUCUUCUUCAUUCAGCCACUACAAUCUACAGAAUGAGUGUUACCGGUUCUGAUGCAGAUAAACGGAGUGCAAGAGAACAGAUGAAGCAAAUAAUAAAGCUUCUAGCAAGCAUCCAUGCUGUGGACCAUGCAGUGGCCGUUGCAAAUGAGCACAGUGUAAAAGACAUCAAGGCAGUACUUGAAGGAAAAUAAAAAUGUACAUUUGUUUUGAAUUCAUGGAUAAAGACAUUCCUGAUGUAUUUUGUAAAUAUGUACAGCUGUUUUUCUUAAGACCUUGUAAAUUAUUGACAGUUUUUAAAACCACAGUUGCACUAAAGCAUAGCAUACUUGCAUCUUCUAAUGUUUUUGUAAAUAGGGACUGUUCAUAGUGUAAAUAUAUUUUGUCAUAAGACAUCAGAGAUUAAAAAUAUUUUUCAUUUC